UUCUUCGCUCUUUGACUCCUUCUCUCUUCUCAAAUCGAGUCCCACUUCCCAAAUCUGAACUAACCAAACCCUAAAUUUUCUUUUCCAUUUUUUCCAAUUCAAAACCCUAACCAAUCAUACAUAAUUCUCUGACCCCGCCCCUGUUCUUAAACCCUAACCCUCCAUUGUGGAUCAUAUCUGUCUGCCAAUUUCAGAGUCUCGUGAGCCCAGAGCCCCCGAUUCUGGUUGCUAUCGAAUACCCUUGAUUUUUGUUCUUUGUACGUUGUGGGUGUUUUUAAUGGAUUUAACCCUGACUUGAAUUUGAAGAUAAUUUUCGAUUGUCGAAUUUAGGUCAGUUUUCAUGGAUUACGAAGAGGGUAAUUCAUCAACAGCGAGCGCCAAAAGCCCGAAUUCGAGGUCGAAUUUGUAUCGAAUCAUUGAUGGGCACUCAUCGCCUCCCUCUGUAUCCCUUGAGAUUCGGCUUUUCUACGUCCGAAUCGCUCCUUGCGUUAUCGAUAGCGUCCCUGAUCACCUCACUUUGUGCCACAUUCGCCGCGGAAUUGGGGUUUCUCUCGAAAUCAAUGGCGCACGCAUCCCUGCAUCCGAAACGGCGUCGUUGACCCUUCGCCGUGAUAGACUCGACAAGGAGUCGUCGGAGGUGAUCUACGUGAGCACAGACAGUGUUAGGGUUGCGGGGGGUGUUGAAUUUGAGGUGUAUGAGAAGGAGGAGAUGAUCCUAUGUGGGUCUUUGGAGAGGAUGGAAUCUUCGUGGGGGAAUGGGAGUGGUGGGUUGGAGAAUGGUUCGAGAACCGGGUGGGACAUGGAUUGCUACACGGCCGCCUCGGUUGUGGCUGGGUCAUCAGCCUUUUUUCAGCCAAAGCUCGGGGUCUCUUCGCCUUCCAUUGAGGUUUAUAUCGCGGGAUGUUCGUCGAGCAUGCCUGUGAUUCUCACCAAGACAAUUCAGAUAAGUCCACGGCAAAAAGCGUCUAGGCAUGGUAUGCUGGAUGCAAUUCCGGAGGGUGAGGAGAUUGGGAAGGCGCAGGAGAACAGUAAUGGAACGGUUCGUCAGCGGAAAGUUAUGAUCACAGAGGCAGAUGAUGAUUAUGAGUCAGAUGGGAAAAUUGGACAUGGCAUCUAUUCAGAAGACAUGUACUCUGGUGAGGAUGGCCAACUCACAUGGUUUAACGCUGGUGUAAGAGUGGGUGUUGGCAUUGGCCUUGGGAUGUGCCUUGGGAUUGGUAUUGGUGUUGGACUGCUCAUGCGUUCAUAUCAAGCAACUACCAGGACCUUCAGGAGGAGAGACUCAGGGAGAUCCUCUGCUUCUGCGGCCCACCAUCAUAGGUCUGCGCCCCUCCCCCUUGUGGUCUCUCUUAACUGCAUCGACGACCCUUCCCUCGAGCACGAGUCCCUCUCUGGCAUAGCCUCCGUCGAGCACGUUUCCCUCGCCCGCCUCUCCGAUGGAAAGAUCGAGUCCGCCGCCGCAGUCCUCAUCCACUCCCUCGCAUACCUCCCCCGCGCCGCCCAGCGCCGCCUCCGCCCCUGGCAGCUCCUCCUCUGCCUCGGCUCCUCCGACCGCUCCGUCGACUCCGCCCUCGCCGCUGACCUAGGCCUCCGCCUCGUCCAUGUCGAUACGUCGCGUGCCGAGGAGGUUGCCGAUACGGUCAUGGCUCUCUUCCUCGGUUUGCUCCGCCGCACUCACCUCCUCUCUCGUCACACACUCUCUGCUUCCGGCUGGCUCGGCUCUGUUCAGCCGCUGUGCCGUGGGAUGCGCAGGUGCCGUGGUCUUGUUUUGGGCAUUGUGGGUAGAUCUGCCUCUGCGCGGUCUUUGGCUACUCGGAGCUUGGCGUUUAAGAUGAAUGUGCUUUAUUUUGAUGUUCAAGAGGGAAAGGGAAAAUUAAGCAGAUCUAUUACAUUUCCUCCAGCUGCCCGAAGAAUGGAUACUCUUAAUGAUUUACUCGCUGCAAGUGACCUUGUUUCCCUUCAUUGUACUCUAACAAAUGAAACGGUUCAAAUCAUCAAUGCAGAAUGUUUACAGCACAUAAAGCCUGGGGCAUUUCUUGUGAAUACGGGGAGCAGUCAGCUGCUGGAUGAUUGUGCUCUGAAGCAGCUGUUGAUUGACGGCACCAUUGCUGGCUGUGCUCUGGAUGGUGCUGAAGGGCCACAAUGGAUGGAAGCAUGGGUAAAAGAAAUGCCCAAUGUAUUGAUUCUUCCACGCAGUGCAGAUUAUAGUGAAGAAGUUUGGAUGGAGAUAAGGGAGAAAACUAUUUGUAUAUUACAGACAUAUUUCUUUGAUGGUGUCAUUCCAAAGAAUACUGUAUCUGAUGAGGAGGAUGAGGAAAGUGAAAUAGUCUAUGAAAACGAACAGUUUGAUAAACAAGACAAGGAAAUUGCUUUGCAAGGUUCUGUUGGUGAGCAGUUGACAGAUGAUGUUCUUGUAAGCCCAGAAAGCUCUCAGAAAAAGGGUACUAAUCAAUCAAAUGAGUCUCCUAGCCAGCAUCAGGGUUCAGGUUUAUCUCAAAAUACAACCACUCGAUCUGAAGGAAAGCGCAGCAGAUCAGGGAAGAAGGCCAAAAAAAGGCAUGCCCGCCAGAGAUCUCUACAAAAAUCAGAUGAUCCCUCUGCUUUAGAAAAAGAAAGCACCUCACAUCGAGAAGAUGACACUGCUAUGAGUGGUACUGAUCAGGUGUUAAGUUCUAGCUCUCGUUUUGCUUCCCCUGAAGACUCAAGGAGUAGGAAAACACCUAUAGAAUCAGUACAAGAAUCAACUUCAGAGCAGCUUCUAAAGUCUAGCAUGAGGCUAAGCAAGCCUGGUGAAGUGCUGCUGAAAGAUGGGUAUGUUAUAGCAUUACAUGCAAGAGAUCGUGCUGCCCUCCAUGUCUCCAGGCAAAGAGUUCAAGGUGGUGGUUGGUUCCUAGAUACCAUGUCAAAUGUAACAAAAAGGGAUCCUGCAGCACAGUUCCUCAUUGUUUUCAGAAGCAAGGACACAAUUGGUUUGCGAUCUUUUGCUGCUGGAGGAAAGUUGUUGCAGAUAAAUAGAAGAAUGGAAUUUGUAUUUGCCAGUCACAGCUUUGAUGUUUGGGAGAGUUGGAUGUUGGAAGGUUCUUUGGAGGAGUGUAGGUUGGUUAACUGUAGAAAUCCAUUGGCUGUUUUGGAUGUGCGAGUCGAGAUUCUUGCAGCCGUUGGAGAAGAUGGAGUGACUCGCUGGCUUGAUUAGUUUUGCGGUCACACGCCCAACCUAUGAGGUUUGCAACACUUUAAAACAGCUUUGUGGUUGUAAAGCAUUCAAUUUUUAAUCAUGUUUUAUCUCUGAUUUUGUAUUGUGUUUCUUGAUUUUGCUUCAUUUGCUUCCCUAGUUGUUGUGAAAUGUGUUUUUAUAAUUCUACGAGACAUUUCUCAUGGUUUCAUUAUGCACUGAGCUCCUUCUCCAAUAUAUAUAUAUAUUCAUUUUUGCCCA